AUGGAUUAUUUAAAUAGUUAUCUUAAAAUAAGAGAUUCAAUUAUAGAUUCAAUAAAUAAAAAAAAAAAUCAUUCAAAUAUUUUUAGUUUAAUUGAUUUAUAUGAUAAUAGCAUUGAUAAUAUAAAAAUAAAUAGUUUAAUGAAUUUUCUUUAUUUCCCAAAUAAAGUAUCCUUUUGUAUAGAAACUGUUGAUAAUGAUGAAUUCGAUAAUAAUAAUUCAAGAAAUAGUAGUAAGGCAACCACAAUUGAUAGUUUUAUUAAUACUCCAAUUAUAUACGAUGACGACUAUGAAGAAGAUGAUGAUGAAGAUCAUGAAGAUAUAGAAGGACAAGAAAAAAAAAUAAAAGAAAACAAAACAAUAUUUUGUAUAAAUCCAUACAUUUAUAUUAAUUUUACAAAAUGUGGUAAAAUAUUUAGUCCAAAUUUUCAUGAACUAUUAAAGAUUGCAACUUCGAUAAAUAAAAAUGACAAUUAUAAAAUCAUUGAGAAUCAUUAUGAUUUGGUUAUUCCUAAUUAUAAGGAUGGUUAUUGGGUAACAUAUUCAAUAGAUAGUAUGUACAGUACAAACCAAAGACAAGUUGAUUUUAUAAAAUUACAUAUAUUUAAACAAACAAACAAUAAUAUCACAACAAAUGGAGUUGAAUUGGAUGGAAUACAACAAGAAAAUCAAAUAAUUAAUAAAUGGGUAACUGUUGAAAAUGGAAAAAGAUUUGUGGGUAAAUUAUUUGUUCCAAUAGGAUAUGAUGGUGAUGAAAUUGAAAUAAGACAUAAUCGAUCAAAAUUAUUUGAAAAAAUAUCUAUUUCAAAGAGUGGUAUGUUUUUUGAUUAUAAUAAAUACUCAAUAAAGUAUUGCGUUUUACCUGAUAAUGAUAUUACAGUAUUUAUAAAUUCAAACAACCGAAACCCAUAUUUUGGUUUACUAGAAUUUGAUAUGUUUACAAUGGAUCCAUUUAAAAUGCAACGAUUGGGAUCACCAUCCAUAGAAAGUAUUGGUUUUAGAAAUAUUGCAAUGAAAAUGGUGAUAAUUGAAUUUGAUAAACUUAUAUACAAAGGUAACCAAAUAGGAAUUAUUUUGAACGAUUUGUAUACAACCUCUGAUUGGAUUGAAAAAUUAAGUGGUAUGGACUUAUAUAUGUACGACUCAUUAAUAAAUCAUUAUGGAACAAAUAAUAUAAAAAUGGUAUCACUCAUUAAAUCACACAAUAUAAUUUUCAAUGUAUAUGAUAUUAAUGAAAUAAACCUUUCAAAUGUAUUGUUAUUUUCAAAUCAAAAUUUAAGAAAUCAUGGAAUUUUUAGAUCAUGCAAUUUGAAUCAUCGUAGUGAGUAUGAGAGCUCACUCAUAUUUUCAGUGAUUAUUAUUACAAAUGAAAAUUCAAAUGUUUCCAAUAAUCCAUCAUUUAUUCAAAUACCAUAUAUUGUAUCAAAAAAACAAAAAUUAAAUCAUAAACAUGUGGUUGAAACAAAGAUAGCAGUAAACAGUUUUAAACUUUCAAAUUUAUUAACUUUAAAAAUUUUAAAUUAUUCAAUUGAUUAUUCAAAAGGUGAUGAACAGUUUUUCUCAUUUUGUCAAAGUUUACAUUUGGUUUGCAAACAUUGGAAUAGUUUUAUUUUAUCAAAAAUUAAAUUUUCAAAUUUAGUUUUUGGUCCUAAAAAUUAUAUUCAAAGUUAUCUUAACUUUAAUUAUUUAUUAGGCAAUAUGUUAUGUCAAAAUGAAACAACUCCUGUUAGAUAUUCAACAGUUGAUAUGUACCAGAAUACAUUGAAAAUUUAUAAAUUAUUAUUCGAAUUUUAUUUUCCAGGUUUAGAAUUUCAAAAUAAUCCAAAAUCAUCAAACCAAAAUGAAUAUUUGACCCAAACUGUUUUUUUUCUUCAAAAAGAUUUCCAACAAAGGCAAACAUAUGUUGGAUACCAAACAAAUGCAUUUACAUUGUAUGAUAAUGAAUAUGGCUAUUUAAAUUUAAACAAUCCUACAUCAAUAGAAACAUCAAUGAAUGAGAAACAAGUACAGGAAAUUCAAAUUAAUUUAAUCAAACUUUUAAAAGAUGAAAUUUUAGAAAUUAUAAAUGACAAAAGUAAAACAGUUGCAUUAACACUUAAGUUUUUAUAUUCAUCAAAUAAUGAACUUUGUGGAUCAGAUUUAGUAAUGUGGAAUUUGUUAAACCAAUUUUUUAAUAAUAAUGAAUUUCAAUUAAAUAUUUCGACAUAUAUUGCAAGUAAAAAUAAAGUAAAAAAAGAAUUUAUAGAUAAAAUUCAAAUCAUCGACGGUGACAUAGUAAACUAUACAUUUUUACCAAAGACAAUUGAACCAUUAAUAACUACAUCAACAACAGUGACAACAACAACUUCAUCAUGUAUUAGAACUACAGUUGAAACAACAAUUAAAACCACCACUGAAAUUAUAAAAUCUACUGUUUUAUUUAAAAAUCCAACAUUUUCUUGUUUAACACCAAUUUUAUAUAAUUAUGUCAAAACAAGGACUCAAAAAUCAUAUGAAAAUGUUGGUUGCUUUUCAGCAAUUUCAAUUUGUAGAAAAUAA